CGCCGCCAUUGCCUCCUCGCUCGGUGAGCGCCCCUCCGCUCGCCCAGCCGGGCCUCCGCCGGCCGCCGGCACCAUGGGCCAGUGCGGCAUCACCUCCUCCAAGACCGUGCUGGUCUUCCUCAACCUCAUCUUCUGGGGGGCAGCUGGCAUUCUCUGCUAUGUGGGAGCCUAUGUCUUCAUCACUUAUGACGACUAUGACCACUUCUUUGAGGAUGUGUACACACUCUUCCCUGCUGUGGUGAUCAUAGCUGUAGGAGCCUUGCUUUUCAUUAUUGGCCUAAUUGGCUGCUGUGCUACAAUCCGGGAGAGUCGCUGUGGGCUCGCCACGUUUGUCUUCAUCUUGCUCUUGGUUUUUGUCACAGAAGUUGUUGUGGUGGUUUUGGGAUACGUGUACAGAGCAAAGGUGGAGAAUGAGGUUGAUCGAAGCAUUCAGAAAGUAUAUAAGACCUACAAUGGGACCAACUCCGAUGCUGCCAGCCGUGCUAUUGACUAUGUACAGAGACAGUUGCACUGUUGUGGAAUUCAUAACUAUUCAGACUGGGAAAAUACAGAUUGGUUCAAAGAAACAAAAAACCAGAGUGUUCCUCUUAGUUGCUGCAGAGAGACUGCUAAAAGCUGUAAUGGCAGCCUGGCCAGCCCCUCUGACCUCUAUGCCGAGGGCUGUCGGGCUCUGGUUGUAAAGAAGCUACAAGACAUCCUGAUGCAUGUUAUCUGGGCAGCACUGGCCUUCGCAGCUAUUCAGCUGUUGGGCAUGCUGUGCGCCUGCAUCGUGUUGUGCAGACGGAGUAGAGACCCUGCCUAUGAGCUCCUCAUCACUGGUGGAACCUACGCGUAGCAGACAGGCAAGCCUGGGCUAACUUUUAGUAUCCUUGUUCUGAUUGGAAGGUGAAUUGAGCAGGCCUGCGGCAGUUCGUUCCUGAGUUCAUCUAGUCAAAGCACACGUACGCUGGUGUUGGACAGCAGGCUGGCAUUUCAUGUACCCACCUACUUACCUACCCACCUAUGACCUUCUUACCCCUGUUCUAGCUGAUUCUCCAUGCCCUUACUCUCAGAACCACUUACAAGUUUCCCUAGUGUGGUAGAGCCAAAGGAGGGCGUGGGCCUGCUUCUGUCACUUCCGAGGAGUGAUGUGACAGUGCUGGAGUAUCACCGGGUCUUUUUCAUCUUCAAUGAGAACUCUUGCCAAAGGU